GUCGGGUGUGAGGAGUUCUCUCUUGGAGCUGGAGAGGAGAGGUUGACCGGCCGUCUCUCUCCUCCAGCAGCCGCCGGGCUUCUCUGCAGCCUCCCGCCGCCUCAUCAUGGAUCUGGGGACUAAAAGAGUCGUUGGGAUUAUGGUUCGGGUCGCGCUGCUUCUCUCCAGCUCGUACAGGACAACCGGAGAAGAGGUGUGUGACAGCGCGCUGGUCUCCAAUCUGCCGCCGUCGUCCUUCAGGAGCUCCUCCCAGCUGUCCAGCAGUCACGCUCCGGGCUUCGCCAAACUCAACCGGAGAGAAGGAGCUGGAGGUUGGUCUCCUCUCACCUCAGACAGGUACCAGUGGCUGGAGGUUGAUCUGGGCGAGCGGACCAAGAUCACCGCUGUCGCUACCCAGGGCCGCUACGGAAGCUCUGAUUGGCUGACGUCCUACCUGCUUAUGUUCAGCGACACGGGACACAACUGGAAACAGUACAGACAGGAGGACAGUAUAGGGUCUUUUCCAGGUAACAGUAAUGCAGACAGUGUGGUUCAGUACAAGCUGCAGCAGCCGGCGAUCGCUCGCUUCCUCCGGCUCAUCCCUCUGGACUGGAACCCCAGCGGGAGGAUCGGACUCCGGCUGGAGACCUACGGAUGUCCUUACGGCUCUGAUGUGGUGAGUCUUCACGACAGCAGUCUGUUGUACAGCUUGAGUCCCGGACGGAAGCGGACGUCCGGAGACGUCGUCUCCCUGCAGUUCAAAACCAUGAGGAAUUCGGGGACUCUGCUGCAUGCGGAGGGAGAGGGAGGACUCGGCCUCAGUCUGGAGUUAGAGGGAGGGAAGCUCCAGCUGAUGCUCAGACGAGGUAGGACUUCAUCCUCCGAGCCCCGGCGUCUCGCUUCACUCGGCAGCCUGUUAGACGAUCAGCAUUGGCACCAUUUAGCAGUGGAGAGACGCGGCUUUCACCUCAACCUCACUGUGGACAAACACACCGAGAGGGUUCAAAUCCCUGCAGAGUUCAGCCACUGGCACAUCGAGCAGCUGAGUGUCGGAGCAGUGAAGAUCCUUGGCUCUCAGAAACCAAAGAACAGCUUUCAUGGCUGCCUGGAAAACCUGAUGUACAACAGCCUAAACCUCAUAGAACUGGCUAAACACAACGACCACCAAGUCACUGCAGUGGGCAAUGUGACCUUCUCUUGUGCUGAGCCAGUUUCUGUGGCCGUAACGUUCCCCGGUCCCCACAGUUUCCUCCAGUUGCCGGGGGCGACGGCGUCCCCUUCAGGGGGCGUGUCCGUGGGGUUUCAAUUCCGGACAUGGAACAAGGCGGGGCUUCUGCUCACCUUUGCCCUGCCUCAGGAAGGGGGCGUGGUCUGGCUUUACCUGAGUGAGGCCCGACUCCGGCUACAGAUCCAUAGAGCCGGCAGGGCACUGCUGGACCUCAGUGCAGGUUCUGCUCUGAACGACGGUCAGUGGCAUUCAGUGGAGCUGAACUCCAGACGAGGUCGUCUGACCGUCUCAGUGGACAAAGAGGAAGGAGGCGUCGCUCAUGCUGGCUCCUCCGUCACCGCAGGAAGUCAACUCUUCUUCGGUGGUUGUCCAGCUGAGGACAGUCAGGAAUGUAAAAAUCCCUUCAACAUCUUCCAAGGUUGCAUGCGUCUCCUCAACGUGGAGAACCAGCCGGUGGACCUGAUUAUGGUGCAGCAAAGACUGCUGGGAAAUUACAGCCACCUGCAGGUCGACAUGUGCGGCAUCAUUGACAGGUGUUCUCCCAGUCGUUGUGAACAUGGCGGCCGCUGCACUCAGUCCUGGACCGUCUUCCACUGUAACUGCUCUGACAGCGGCUACAGCGGAGCGACCUGCCACAGCUCUGUGUACGAACAGUCCUGCGAGGCGUACAAACACAACGGCAACACGUCGGGACAUUUUUAUAUCGACGUGGACGGCAGCGGACCAAUCAAACCGCAGCAGGUCUACUGCAACAUGACAGAGGAGAACACAUGGAUGGAGAUCCAGCACAACAACACAGAGCUCACAAGACUUCGACCGUCUCCAGAUGUAAACCAGCAUUCAGUCCACUUCGACUACUCGACCGAAGAGGAGCAGCUAUUGGCUGCCAUCAGCCAAUCAGAGCACUGCGAACAGGAACUGGCCUACCAGUGCAGGAAGUCCCGCCUGCUCAACACUCCAGAGGGCUCUCCGUUCAGCUGGUGGCUCGGUGGUCCUGGUCCCGGUCGUGUCCAGACUUACUGGGGCGGAGCUCAUCCAGGCAGCCAGCAGUGUGCCUGCGGCCUGCAGGGCGACUGUGUGGACCCACAGCACUACUGCAACUGUGAUGCCGACCGCAUGGAGUGGGCAGAAGACUCCGGCCUGCUCACCCAUAAGGAGAGCCUCCCUAUCCGGUCUUUGGUGCUGGGUGACCUCCAGAGGUCGGGGUCAGAGGCCGCCUACAGGGUGGGACCUCUUCGUUGUCAUGGAGACAAGAACUUCUGGAACGCCGCGUUUUUCGACAAAGAGACGUCGUACCUGCACUUCCCCACCUUCCACGGAGAGCUGAGCGCAGAUAUCUCCUUCCUGUUUAAAACCACGGCGUCCUCUGGCGUGUUCCUGGAAAACCUGGGCAUCAGAGACUUCAUCCGGAUCGAACUGAGCUCCUCCUCUCAGGUGGUUUUCUCCUUCGAUGUGGGCAACGGGCCGCUGGAGGUUCGCGUGGAGUCGAGCGUCCCGCUGAAUGACAACCGGUGGCACCGAGUCCGGGCUGAGCGGAACGUCAAGGAGGCGUCGCUGCGACUGGAUGAACUUCCUGCGGCCACUCAGGAGGCUCCUGCCGACGGACACUUCCACCUGCAGCUCAACAGCCAGCUGUUCAUAGGAGGCACAGCGUCCAGGCAGAAGGGCUUCCGGGGCUGCAUUCGCUCUCUGCAGCUGAACGGCGUCACCCUGGACCUGGAGGAGAGGGCAAGGAUCACACCCGGGGUUCGACCCGGCUGCCCGGGUCACUGCAGCAGCUACGGCUCGUUCUGCCAGAACCAGGGCCGCUGUGUGGAGAGAACCAACGGCUUCCACUGCGACUGUGGCCUGUCAGCCUACACUGGAGUCUUCUGCCAUACAGAGGUGUCGGCCAGCUUCAAGUCGGGGACGUCCGUCAGCUACACCUUCAAGGAGCCGUACGAGCUGAGCAGGAACAGCAGCGCUCUGCCGUCCUCCAUCUACUCCGACAUGACGCUGAGAGGAGAGAACGUCUCCCUGAGCUUCAGGACGACCCAGAGUCCGGCUGUGCUGUUCUACGUCAGCUCCUACUACAGAGAGUAUCUGGCUCUGCUCAUCAACAAGCACGAUAUGCUGGAGGUGAGAUACAAGCUGGACAGCAGCAGAGAUGCUGAAGUGUUGAGAAGCAGAGUGAGGAGCCUGGCCAAUGGACAGCUGCACACCGUCACCGUCAGGAGGCUGUCAGACUCUGUGUCUGUGCAGAUCGACCAAAACCCCAUAGAAGAAUUCAAUCUGACAUCUGAAGGAGAAUUCAACACCAUCAAGUCGCUGGUGAUGGGCAAAGUGCACGACUUUGAUGAUUUGGAUCCAGAUCUGGCCAGGCUGGCGUCUCUCGGUUUCACCGGCUGUCUGUCGGUGGUCCACUUUAACUCCAUCAGCCCUCUGAAAGCUGCUCUGCUCCACCCAGACACCAGCCCCGUCGUCGUCACCGGACCUUUGGUUCAGUCCAACUGCGGCUCCUCAGCUUCAGCCAAUCCCUACGCAGCAGAGAACACACACCACCUGUCAGACCAGUCGGGCUCAGUGGGUUCAGGUCAGCCUUUGGUCAAUGCCAUCAGGACCGACUCGGCUCUGAUUGGAGGUGUCAUAGCAGUGGUGAUCUUUGUGAUUGUGACUGUCCUGGCGAUAGCUGCCAGAUUCCUCUACCGGAGAAAAGAGACGUAUCGAAACCAGGAGGUGAAGGGAGUCAAACAGGAGGACAGCCAGGAUUUCCCUUUCAACAACCAGGCUGACUCCCAGAACGUCUCCGGUGAAAACCCAAAGGAGUAUUUCAUUUAACUGGAGGCCCGAUGAGCUGAUGAGCUGGUGGGUUUUGGAGCGGGAGGUGCAGACCGGAGGUGUCCCGUCACGCCUCAGGACUUUACACUGCACUCAGAGCCGCUUUAGAGACUUUGAUGGAGGUUGUGGCUCCACAGAAUAUGGAAAGCAACAAAGGAACAAUGCUCACAGUUUUGUCUUUUACUGUACAUAAAGUAUAUACUGAUGCAAACAGGCAGCAGUCCUGGACUUAAAAAACUGUAAAUAUCCAAAAAUGUAUAUGUGGAAGUAACGUCUACAGCAAACUCUAACCUGUGACUCUGUUGUAUCGAAAGGUUGCCAAUACUCUUUGAGAGAAACAGAUUUUUGGGGGGGUUUGUGUUGAUUUAAAACAUUCAAACACAACUUUGUUUCAGUGAAUCGGGGAGCUUGGAAUCGUGACUGGAGUCAUUUGACUGAGGCAUUUUUCUGCGAGAAUAAAGAAUGGAUGUUUGCUAAAGAGGAAAUGUUUGACCCGUAAUUAGGCCCUCAGGAAGAGUAUUUCUGUAAGAGUUUGUGUUUUUUUUUUGGUUUGCUUAUGUGUGAUGAUUUUUUCUUUGCUGGAAUAUCACAAUGAACCCUUAAGAGGCUGUGGAGCUUCAGUGUCCAGUUGUAAACUUGUGAGAGUCCUUGCAGCCUGUUGUGUACGUCCACCAAAUGCCAGCACAUUAUUUGAUGAGUUUCUAACAGCAGUUGGCACAUGAAUUAAACAUUUUAAAUUGUGAUUUUCAUCCAGCAACGUUGUGCGACCAGAAUGUUGGUGUUGACAAGUGGCGUUUUGAAUCCGAUCACACAUAUGAGCACAUGAAACACUGAGAAAUGGUGCACUGCAAUCUGGCAUCUACUGGUAGAGAGACUUAAAGACAUUUCAUAAUGGAAUUUCCCUCGGGAUCAAUAAAGUAUCUAUCUAUCUUCUGUCUAAAGGAGGGAUUCAUUUUAGUGCUGUAUUUUCAUUUUUAGUCCCUUCUUUUUCUUUCUCCCACACUUAUUUCCUUUCCCUUGAUAGUUCUUUCCGUCGUAACAUGAAAGCACAACAAAAGCACGGAACAAAACUAUAUCCAUGAGUGUUGAGCGUUUGCAGUUUCCUGUACUUUGCAAGUCUUUUCUUAAAAGGCUUGUUGUGCAGGUUGUUCACUUUGUUGUAAAAGUUUUCUCCUCCCUGCUGUACGCCGCCUGCUGGGAGCUUCCUUUCCCAGCUCUCUAAAUGUCUCUGAACAGCAAAGCUUUUAACACUGACAGCAGCACAGACUCCACAACACUGUGGCUGUCAGUCACCUCGCUCGCUGCACACACAGAUGGUUAAUGUGCUUUUGAAAUGCUAAUCUGCGUCGCUCUGACAGGUGGAUUGUAACUCGAUGGAAAGCGGCGAGAUAAUCAGAAUGAGACAGAACGAUAAUCUGAGAGACUCAAGAAUCAAGCAGACGUGGAUGUAAUUAAAACAGUCUGAUAUUAAUACCUGAAAAUGAGGCAAAUCCCGCCUUUUGUUCAUUUAGCUCGUGUGAAGAGCGCUGCUGAUUAGGGGAGGAUGAACAGCAGCAAACAGCCGCCGUUUGGCUAACUCACGUCACCGUCUCUUUGCAGGACCCCAAAGCACGGGUGGGCUUUUCAUGACAAGAGUUGCUAAAAUUUCAAAGUGCGUUAUUCAUCUUUGUUUGUGUUUUUCUUUUGUUCCCCACCUCACAACAGCAGAGGCCACACAUGCCUGUCUUUGCCACGUCCUUUACAUCAGAGAGUUCUUUCGUCUCACACUGCAUUUAUUUUAUUAUUUAUUGUUAUUAUUUAGGCAAACGGACGAGUUUCACAUUUGAACCUCAUUAUUUCCUUCUGUGCUCUGAACAUUGUGAACAGCAGAAAGUAACACAACAAAGUUCCUCUGUGCGUCUUCAUGAAAGUUUGCUUCUGGAGGCCUGAUAGCCAAUCUGCUGUAACUGGCAAGCUAAUGGCUAACACUGACUAGCUCCCUCUGUCUGUUUUCUACAUACUGGACCAUUUAAUCCCCCGUGGCUUGAUAACCACUUGCUAACUGUUACUUAACGAGCUGUAUUGGCGUUUUGUUUUGAAGCUGUUUUGUGUCAUAACUGUAGAUCAGUUUUUGGGGAAGUUUAAACUCCAGCAGCAGAACUUAGAUAAAGCUUUAGGGUGCAGCACAGCCAAACGUCCACUUCAGCCUCUCCUGCUCUCGAUAUCCCUCAAACCUCAAAUGUAGUUUGGUCAAACUCGCCUGGCAAAGUUCAACCAAAAGCUGAUCUCAGUGCAAAAAAUUGUCGCAGAUUCACCCCCCCAUCCACUCCCCCCGGUGAUUUGACAGCAAUGAAUUCAGUUUGCAGCAAAUUUUCACCAUUUGAAAUGCUGGUGGGACCAGGCCUUAAGCAUCAAAUCCCACGCAAAGACAAAAACAAUCAAUUAACUGCCCCCACUAACAAGUUCUGUCUGUCUGUGUAUCCAGAACGCUCACUGUGCCACAGAGCGCAAAAGCGAUCCAAAAACGAUUUAAAAGCACUGCGAUGAGCCACACUGCUGCUUUGGGUGACAUGUUUAUUAGGAUGAACACACACACACACACACACACACACUCACUCACUGUAGUUUAUUUUGAGUCAGUAUCACAUUUGACAUCCUGCUGCUGUAAAUACUCCAUACACCACACACAAUGUGUAUUGAUCCGCUGCUGAAAAUAGUUACU